CGAUUGAACAAAAGUAGAAAGAGAUAAAGAGACAGACGAAAAUGGAUGAAAAGGAAGACAAAACCCAGAGAAGGAGAGAGAGAGAGAGAAAAGGAACCAGUGAGUAAAAAGGGGUAAUAAGGAAACAGGGGAAUCGAAUGUGUGUCAAAUUCCAAAAUUAUUGAUCCAGUAACUUACCUGAGACUGAACUUCUGACUGAGGCUCCGGCCAUCGACCUACUUUCAUGAAGACAGAAUCAGAUGAGGAAAAAGGAAGAGGAAGAGAUGAGAACAUAAAAGAGAAACAUUUUUUUCUCUUUCAACAUAUCAAGUUAAUGGGAUUGUUAGAGAACAAUUUAUCUAUGUAACUAUUAUUUUUUUUCCUUUCAUUAUCAUGAUCAAUGACUGAUUUUCACACGUUUAACUUUCUCAAUUGCAAAAUUGCUGCAACUGAUUAAAUUGUCGCUCAAAUGUAAUUACAAAUGAACCUGAAUUGGUUGACCAAAAUGCAAUCCAAUUGCGAGAAGGAGAAACUCUACCAUGAUAACAAUUAACUAUGAUCAUUGGAUUGGGUGGUAAUUACAAUGAUUUCAUCAGUGACCUUUACGCUCCCAUGAGAGUUAAUGAUGAGUGAGUUAAUUGCAUAAUUAAUCAAAUGAACAACAAUAACAAAUGAUUGAAAAUAAGGGUUAAGGUAAAAAACUCAAUAAGAGUUGAAUCCAAGGUAACGUUGGUAAUGAUUAUGGUAACGAUCAUGGAAACCGAAUUGCUAAUGAUGAUAUGAAACUCAUUUCUCUAGGUCAUGGAGGAAGAGAUAAUAUAAUAACAAUUAGAGUGAUAAUAAUGUAACUUUCAACUAGAUUAAGAUUACUAAUCGUCAUGAAAGUAAAUUGGUAAGAAGAGAAAGAAAAAUUUUCCAAUCUCGUUUAUCAAUCUAAAUGAAAAACUUUCGCUUGAAAAGUUUUUCAGUUAAUCAGUUUGAUUUUUAAUUGUUAAUUGAUAAGGAAAACAUGUGAAUGAUGAGGAUAAUUGUGAUGGGAUGAUGGAGAUGAUGGAGAAAUAAUGAAAGGUUGGUUAACACCUAUGAUGAGGAUGAGAAGAAGGAAGAAGAAGAGGAAGAGGAAGAAGAUGGAUGAGAGGGAGAGGGUGAGAGAGAUAAAUGAGGUCAAAGGAAUUAGAUGAAAAUAUAACUAUUAGCUACUUGGAAAUCUGGAGAAGAGAAAGAAAGAGAAACUUCAGAAUAUAACUCAGGGAGUGAAUCGAAUUCCCUGUUUUCACUCCAAGUUUAUGAAGAAAAGAAAGAGAACUGGAAAGUUGUUGUCAUCUUUAUCUUCCUCUUCUCUUCCUUUUCCAUAAUGUAUUAUAUUCUCUCUCUCUCUCUCUCUCUCUUCUCACUUUUUAUCUUCUUCUAUCUUCCUGUUUUCUCUUUCUAUGCUCAGACUUUUAUCGCUCUCAAUCCAACAAACUACUAAACUCGAACUCAAAUCACUUUUUUUUCCAAGAACAAAUUCGGUGAUCCCCCGGUUCCUUCAUCAUUUUCUCAUCUUCUUCCCAUUAUCAUCUUCAUCCUUUUCUUUUUCAUCCCUUUCCCCUUUUCUCUCUCUUUCUCUCUUUUUUUAUCUUCCAAUUCGGUUUAUUUAGUUAAGAAGUUCAAGUGAGGAUGAAACACCAACAACAUCCCAACAAAUUGAAUUCUCCCUAAUCAACACAAUUAACUUGAUUUUCUAAUCACAAUCAACUUUCAUCAUAUCAUUAAAACUUUCAUAUCGUUGUUUAAUGUUACUAUCAUUGUAUUUUCAUUCAUAUCAGUCCAAUCUGAUAAACAAUCAACUCCGUUCGGUGUCAUCUUUAUAUCAUCAAGAUUAUCAUCAACAGUUACAUUUAUCAUCUUAAUUGUUUGUGUGUUUUUUGUAUCUUCAAAUCAAAUCUUAUACCAAUAUAAUCAAAUGUUUUUCAUUUUGUAAUCUUCUUAUUUGUACCUUUAAUUGUGAUUGAUUUAGAUUCUCAGAAUCUUCAGUUAAAAGUUUACUAAAUUUCGUACAACAAUUUGUUCAAACUUUGUUUUUCUCCUUUGAUUCUGUAAUCGUUUGUAUCUACUACAAGCAGUUGUUUUUGCUUUUAUAACUUAAGUAUUUAUUGAUAACAAUUAACUGAUUAAUCGUGAAAUAAUCAUGAAAAUCCUCACUUUGCACAAAGUAGUCGUCAUGGGCGCUGGUGGGGUCGGUAAAACCUCAUUGGUGACCCAAUUUGUAUCACAACUUUUUCCCUCUUCUUACAAACCCACCGUGGAGGAUUUUUACUCACACACAAUUACACUUCCAGAUGGUAUGCGUCAUACAGUUGAAAUACUGGACACUGCGGGCACCCAUUGUUUCCCAGCGAUGCGACAGCUCAGCAUUCAAACCGGAAGAGCUUUUGUUUUGGUCUUUUCCGUUGAUAGCCUUCAGUCUUUCUAUGAGACCAUCAACUUAUACGAGCUCAUCACCAAGAUAAGAGGACAAGAAGUUCCAAUUGUUCUGGUUGGAAAUAAAUGUGACCUUGAUGAAGAUCGUAAAGUCGAUGUUGAUCUGGUUGAUACAACUCGAAGUGAAGUGAUGAACAAUAUUCCUUAUGUCGAGACAAGUGCCAAACUGAAUACCAAUGUAAAAAAAUUGUUCCACGAAUUGUUACUUCAGGCUCGAGGCGAUGGACAUAAUUUGAAAAAAAAUCGAACCCUAAUACGACGCUUAGGGUCAUUUGGAUCGCUGCCCAAUAUCAGUAAACUUAAGCGUAAACCUUCAGGUGAAGGGAGUCCAGUUAAAAGUAAUAACAAUAAUAAUAAUAAUUCAAAUGGUUCCGUUAAUAAUAAUAACGGAAUCGGAAUCAAGAAUGGCCUGGCCGUUCAUGGGAAAGAUAAUAGUCUCGAUUUAGAUGUCGUUAGGCCAAAAAGUAACGUACACCACCAACUUUCAUUAGAGGAGAGCGGAAAAUUGAAACAAGAUCCCGCUUGCAUAAUAUCAUAAUAAUCAUAACAAUUAACUAAUUGGACAUGAAAUCAUGUCAAACAAUCAAAGAUCAAGCAGAAAAUCAGUAAACACCAAAACCAAACUACAGUUGAACAUUUAAACAAAACUGAAUUGAUUUACUAAUCUGAGAACCUCUGAAUUUGAAUUAACGUUUAAAUUGAUUAGAAUCACGUUAAUUUAUCUUGAGCCAAAUUUUGGAAAAACAAUUAAUUACAUUAUAUCUUUGGCAAGAGAUUCAAAUUGACAAUUUAAUAAGACAAUAAGAAAAUCAAAUGAACAUAAACCCUGUUGAAACCAUGAAGAAAAUUAAUUAUUAGAAAUGUUAAUUAUUUUUCACUUUUCUGUUUUCUUUUCUCCGUUGAUUUUAAAGCGAUAAACACAAUUAAUUAGUUAAUCAUCAACACCAGAGUUUUAAUUAUCCGAUAAAAUGAAAAAUUAUGAUCAUUAGAUUUACACCAAAUCAACAAAUUAUAAUUUAAUCUCUUGAUCCGAGUUAAUUAUUUACUUUAUUAUCGAAAUAUUUUCUCAAUCUAAUCAACAAUUUACUUUAAAUCUUUUCCCGUUCGUUUUUCUUUUGCCAAAUUAACUAAACAACAAUUAGUGGAAACAAUUGAAAAGCUAUCGUUGUAUUAAUAGUCCUUUAUGAAAAAAAAGAAAUGAAGAAAUUAUAUUCCGAUAACAUAGUUAAUUAAAGAUAAAAAUGUACACACAAUUUACUCGAGAAAAGGAAAUUAUCGAAAUGAUUAAGGUUCGAGUAUAAAAAGAGUAACAUAUCAAAAAUAUUUUCAAUUGAUUUAAUUACAACAAUAAUUCAAUAAUAAUAAUAAUAAUAAUGAUGUAAUAGAAAAACGCUCAGCCCUUUUAUUUAUCAUUCCCCGAAUUUCCCUCAGCCCGAAUGGGUCAUUUGUUACUAACAAUUAAUAAAAAACAAUGUAUUAGAUGGUCAAGUUAA